AUGACUCUUGCCCAAUCUCUUAACAACCAACGCUCUGUCUUAAGAAUCAAUAUUAUGGUUGUUGACGAUGAUCGUGUUUCCCUUGAAAUUAUGUCACGCAUGCUUGAAAGAUCCAAAUACGGAGAUCCAUCUAUGGAGAUCACAGUUAUAGCUGUAAGAGACGCAAGGGAAGCAUUGUUUAAUCUUAAAAUCCAAAGAAACAACAUCGAUCUCAUAGUCACAGACUAUUACAUGCCUGGCAUGAAUGGUUUACAACUCAAACAACAAAUCACUCGACAAUUUGGCAAUUUUCCGGUCAUAGUUAUGUCAUCGGACACCAACAAAGAACAAGAGAGUUUAGCUUGUGGAGCAUUGUGUUUCCUUCCAAAACCCAUCAAACCAACAGACCUACCACAUAUCUACCAAGUUGCUUUAACUUAUAAGAGGAAUAGUAUGUCUAUAUUAAGGACCGAGAAAAACCACAAGGAUACAAAUGUUAGCAUCCCUCAGCAAAUCCAUCUGGUUCCUGAACAAGCUAAUGUCUCGAAGAACCAGAAGAACAAGUUCUUAUCUAAAUCAGAUUCAAGAUCUGUGAACAACUUAAAUGGAAGUUGCGAUAGUACAAAAAGUUCACGAAAAAAUAGAAAAAGAAAAUCAAAAUUUUAUUCUGGUGAUGAUGCUGAGUCUAUGCCGCAGCCUUCCAAGAAGAGUAAGCUUUCGUGGUCGGAUUAUCUUCAUGACCUUUUCUUACAAGCUAUCCAACAUAUUGGUCUUGACAAGGCUGUGCCAAAGAAAAUUUUAGAGUUCAUGGACGUAUCAUACUUGACAAGAGAGAACGUUGCCAGCCAUUUACAGAAAUAUCGAAAUUUUUUGAGGAGAGUCGCAGAAAGAGGUUCUUUAUGUUCAGGCACGUUGCAUGGAAGAGGCAUGGAGCCGUACCAUAGUAACUACACAACCUCUUCUUCUUGGUACAACAAAGGUCUUAACAAUAAAUCAUUCUAUUCAAAACCUACACCCGGUCAUGGACAGUCAAGACUCUUAUCCAACACAUGUGAACCCGUCCGCUUCAACCAGAUGCCUUACAGCCACAUGAACCGGUUAUCUACCUAUGAGCCGCACCGUACUGGAUCAAACUUGACCAUGCCCAUCAAAAGCAACUUCAGAUUUUCAACCCAGCCAUUGCAAAACGAAGGAAAUAGAAGCUUUCUUGAACCAACCGUGAUGGCGAACAAAACUGGCCAAACAUCUCAAGUUCCUGGGUUUGGACAACAUGGAAUAUCGGCUACCAAUGAUAAUAAUUUCAACAACAACAUGAUGAGAAGCUAUGGAAGUUCAACUUCUAAUCAACUCGGAAUAAGCAGCUAUGCAAGUUCAACUUUUAAUCAACCAAGAAUAAGCAGCUAUGCAAGUUCUACUUCUAACCAACAAGGAAUGAUCCAUGGAAGUUCGACUCCUAAUCAACCAGGAUUGAGGAGCUAUAGAAGUUCGAUCUCUAAUCAACCAGUACCGAGCAGCCAUGGAAGUUUUUCUCCUACUCAACCAGGAAUGAGUAAUUAUGAGAGUUUAACUUCUAAUCAACCAGGAUUGAGCACCCAUGGAAGUUUAUUUCCUAACCAACCAGAAAUGAGCAGCCACGGAAGCUUACCUCAUACUCAACCAGGAAUGAGUAGCUUUGGAAGUUUAACAACUAAUCAUCUAGGAAUGGUUAGCUAUGAAAGUUUAAAUCCUACUCAACCAGGGCCCAGCAAUAUCUCGUACGGAUUGCUAUUAAGCAAUGAGAACACUGCAUAUAAGCCUCAAACACAUGCCUCUACAACUAUACAACCAAAUCUUGAAACUACUCAACUGGAUAAUCUCUGCUUGCACUAUGACCUCGGCAAUAUUAACGAGCUUCCUUGCGAUAUAAGUAACUUUGACUUCAAUCACGACAAGCAACAAGAAGAAGUGGCUUCUACCAACAAAUUUGAGAUCCCUGCAAAUUUUGAGACUGAAGUGAAGCAGACCUUUUCUCUUGAAGAAGAUGGUGGCUGGACCUUUCUGAACAUAAAUCAGGGUCAUUCUAAUGAAGAAACAUCAAACAAUUUUGCUGCUCCGGAGAUAAAUGAUCCAACUUUCAACAAAAACCCUAAUCAUGCUCAGGAACAAGAUGUUUCAGAUUUUGAUUGGUCGUUGUUGGAUUUAGAGAAUUUGGCUAAUGAAUACGAGUUCAUGGACCCGAUGUUCACCGGUGACAUGAAUUGAAAAGGGUUCGAUCGAAGAUGUUCUCUAAACCGGCAAUGCAUGCAAAGUAGUUUUCUAAGAAAAUAUUUAUAAAGAAUAAGAGUUUUUCUAUAGAAGUAUGGUUAUGGUUGUAUAAUAUAUUUCUUAGUGUUGGAUAUUAUGUCUCUUUUUUUUCCUUCAGCAAGUGUUGGA